AUGCCUCAAGAUCUCCCGCCCACCGGAGGCUACGAGCCCGUCCAAUACAGACGCAACAUCCCCGUCCGCGGACUACGGCCGGUCUACUACAUGCUCGCGUUCGGCGCGGUGAUGGCAUACGGAUGGCGGCAGACGUUCAUCGGGCAGCGAGAGAAGCUCGAGCUCGGUCGCGAGAAGAUCUGGGCCCGUCUGCAUUUGAUCCCACUGUUGCAGGCGGAGGAGGACAGGGACCAGGUCCGCAGACAUUAUGCCGAUUUGGCGCGUGAGCAGGAGUUACUGGGCAGCCAGAGCACGGCGUAUAAUAGUGACAGAUUUGUCCGGCCAACAUAUGCACCCACUCCCCGGAGCACAACUUCAUAG